UGUAGAAUCACCUCGAGCGACGGGCAAGGCUGCGACAUUGGUACCUCCGCCCACCGUCAUCUGCCGCUGCCAUCUCCAAAACACCAACCUUUUACGAACCCGAUUCUUGACGGUCGAAUUUAAGUUCCAGAUCGAUCACAGCAGCAGCAGUCUUGCUCCACGUCGAAGACAGCCCGCGAACCGAAGAAUAGAGGAAUCGAGGCUAUAAAGUCGACGGCGCUUCGAUCAUUGCGUCUGGAACGCUCGAGAUAACGUCAUUGAGCAACACUUCUCGUCCAGAAACAAUAUUUCACCAUGUCUUCACGAAAGAAGGUCCUUCUCAAGGUUAUCAUCCUGGGCGAUAGCGGUGUUGGCAAGACCAGCUUGAUGAACCAAUAUGUCAACAAGAAGUUUAGCGCGAGCUACAAGGCCACUAUCGGCGCCGACUUCCUAACUCGAGAGGUCCUCGUUGACGAUCGACAAGUUACCAUGCAGCUCUGGGAUACGGCCGGUCAAGAACGUUUUCAAUCCCUCGGUGUGGCGUUCUACCGAGGUGCCGAUUGCUGCGUUUUGGUCUACGACGUGAACAAUGCCAAGAGUUUCGAGGCACUGGACAGCUGGAGAGAUGAAUUCCUUAUCCAGGCUUCUCCUAGGGACCCUCCCAACUUCCCAUUCGUCGUGCUUGGAAACAAGAUUGAUGUUGAGGAGAGCAAGCGGGUGAUUUCCAACAAGCGUGCCAUGACAUUCUGCCAGUCCAAGGGCGAUAUUCCCUACUUUGAGACAAGUGCCAAGGAAGCCAUUAACAUCGACCAGGCUUUUGAGGUGAUUGCUCGCAACGCUCUCGCCCAAGAAGAGUCUGAGGAAUUCAGCGGCGACUUUGAUGACCCGAUCAACAUCCACAUCGAGAAUGACCGUGAUGGCUGCGCUUGUUAAAGGAUGACAUGGGCAGAUGUUGAUUGGAUGUGGGCAGGUUUGUGAUUGUGUUGAGUGAAGAGGAGGGUAGCUAUCCUCGGUGGUGGAUCAUUGACGUUGCCUGGAUGUAUCAUAAAGAGGCAGCUGGGUUUAGUUCUAUUUCUUAUUUCUCCUUGGUGUUUAUACAUGGAUGCGACUUGUUCUGUCUUUGAA